UUCCAAUGUUUAUUAAUUUUAUGAAUUAACUAAAUCCCACAAUCUAAUCUUUAUGGCUUUGAUGUCUUUCGCAAUAAUUUAACUCAAGUUAUUUUAUUUCUUCGACAUAUGCUAUUAAACUUUCGUGGACAACGCAGCAUACAACCAUGAAGGUGUUCGUACUUGCUCUCCUCGCGGUGACAGCGUUUGCUGCCCCUAUCGACCAGGAUGUGGCCGAACCUGUCGAGCUUAUUGUAAAUGGAGUACCGGAAGGCGAGCCUUUGGAAAUUGGUGACAUUGUUGGUAUCAAACUUAAGGAACAUGUAAACCAAGAAUUGGUAUCUUCAACUGACUUGCUUUACCCAUUAACCGCUGAAGGACUCGCUGAAGCUGCUGCCGCUGAACCUCAACCUGUAGACCCUGUUCAGAUCGUUGACGAGGCAGAUCCUGUUCAAGUUGUCGAGCCUGAACCUGAAUCUGUACCUCCUCCGAUUGUUCUACCUGAGCCUGUUCUUCCUGAAGAGAACCCUUCAUCUAUAGCAGUGCACCCAGUACUUGUGAUUCCCGACCAUAUUCUCAACCCCAUUGAUCUUGAUCCUUUGCCCAUCGCUCCCCCUGAACCCGAAGUUGUGGAAACACCUGUAGAAGUCCUUCCAGUGCCCGCACCUCAAGUUCCCGAUGGUGAAAUUUACAACGAUGGUCUCGUGCAAGUUACCCUGAACGCUCCUGAAGAAUCCGGAGUAUUAGCCACCCUCCAAUCCUGGUUAAGCUUGGCAAUUAACUACUUCAGCAACGGCGUUCAAACUACCCAACAAAUUUUUUAAACUGUAAAAUGAAUUUAAAUAACUACAUGUGUAUUAAUUUUAAUUGUACAUGUAAUAUGCGCUGUAUAUAAAAGAAACUACGAAGUUCAAAGUAAACAUAAAUUGCUCAGAUAUUUUUGUUUUUCCUUUUUUAUUUUUAAUAAUGAAUUUAAGAUUUUAAAAAAGUCAUUAAAGUCAUUUUUAAAAGCU